UACACAUCAAGCUGUUAUAAAACUUCAUAAUUCGAUGUUUAUAUCAGAUAUAACAUUAAACUGUAUCUCUCUCACGUUCCUCCAUCCUCGGGAUGCUGUUCUUUUUCUUCGACUGCUAUUCUUCUUCUACUUGUUUUAUUGGCGGAUGCCGUUUGAGUGAGUUCUGUAGCUGUUACAGCUAAUGUUCUGUAUACUGCCACCUGCUUUACCGGAAGCGAAUGUAGCAAACAUAUCAAUUACACCCAGUGGAGAUUUUUUUAAUAGAAAGAUUAAAAAUACGGGAGAAAUACGGGAAAAUAUUUAAACGGGAUGAUAGCGGGAUAGAAUGGUAAAAUACGGGAGAAUCCCUGGAAAAACGGGAGGGUUGACAGCCGUAAGAAUCAUUAGUCAGGAUGUGACUGUGGCAGCAGGAGAUGAUGCAUAUUUAUUCUGUCAACUGGUGGAGACAACAGAGCCUCUAAUAAGUAUUACAUGGCAAAGACGAACAAAGGAAAAGGCAACAAACACAGAUUUUGUGGUUAUCACUUCAGAUGGCAAAGAGGGACAUACAAACGGAUUGAGGGACAGAGUAAAAUUCACAGGGAACAUCUCGCGACUCAACGGCUCAAUUCCUAGUAAUGUUACUGCUUUAGAUGAAGGAAUCUACACCUGCAUCUUCAGUGGACCGUAUAAAACAGAUAUUCUUCUCACAGUACUAGUUCCUCCUGUUGUCAGUGUGAGCACGGAUGUGCCUCCUGUUGCUGGUGACGCUGAGGAGAUUUUAGCAACCUGCACUGCAGCCAAUGGAAAGCCUGCAGCAAAAGUGUUGUGGAGUCUGGGUGCUUCAAGUGACUCUGUCAAAGUACAAAGUAAUGUCACUGUGGACUCUGAAGGAAGGUCCACUGUUAAAAGCAGCCUGAUUGAUGUAGCAUCCAAAGAUCUAAACCAGAAGAAGGUUCAGUGUUUGGUCACACACCCUGGCCUAAAGGGGAAACUGGAACUGAAUUACACAUUGAUCAUUCACUAUCCUCCUGAGGUGGUUUAUAUUAAUUCAACAGGUGAUCAAGGGAAAGCACAUGAAUAUCAGUGUGAAACAGAUGCUAAUCCAAAACCAACAAACUUCAUCUGGAGCAGACACUUUCCAGUGAAGGAGCCUCUUUCCAGUGGUGCUAAUAGCAGACAGAUUAUUCAGCUGAUCCCUGACAGUAACGGCGUUUACUAUUGUGUGGUGUCUAACCAAUACGGGAAAGCUGUAGGUUCCCUCUACGUGCAUGUUACAUCUACAGAAUCCACAGCUUUCUGGACUCUGUUCAUCAUAGCCCUCUUUGCUGGUGUUUGUGGUUUUCUCAUUUGGAAAUAUAAUUUGCAUCAACACAUUACAAAAAGACUGCGAAUGGGCCGCUCUCAGGAGCUCAGUGAAUUCCAGCGUGGAACUGUCAUAGGAUGCCACCUGUGCAACAAAUCCAGUCGUGAAAUUUCCUCGCUCCUAAAUAUUCCACAGUCAACUGUCAGCUUUAUCAUAACAAAAUGGAAGAGUUUGGGAACGACAGCAACUCAGCCACGAAGUGGUAGGCCACGUAAACUGACGGAGAGGGGUCAGCGGAUGCUGAAGCGCAUAGUGCAGAGAGGUCGUCGACUUUCUACACAGUCAAUUGCUACAGAGCUCCAAACUUCAUGUGACCUUCAGAUUAGCCCAAGUACAGUACGCAGAGAGCUUCAUGGAAUGGGUUUCCAUGGCCGAGCAGCUGCAUCCAAGCCACACAUCACCAAGUGCAAUGCAAAGCGUCGGAUGCAGUGGUGUAAAGCACGCCGCCACUGGACUCUAGAGCAGUGGAGACGCGUUCUCUGGAGUGAUCAAUCACACUUUUCCAUCUGGCAAUCUGAUGGACGAGUCUGGGUUUGGAGGUUGCCAGGAGAACGGUACAUUUCGGACUGCAUUGUGCCGAGUGUGAAAUUUGGUGGAGGAGGAAUUAUGGUGUGGGGUUGUUUUUCAGGAGUUGGGCUUGGCCCCUUAGUCCCAGUGAAAGGAACUUUGAAUGCUUCAGGAUACCAAAACAUUUUGGACAAUUCCAUGCUCCCAACCUUGUGGGAACAGUUUGGAGCGGGCCCCUUCCUCUUCCAACAUGUCUGUGCACCAGUGCACAAAGCAAGGUCCAUAAAGACAUGGAUGACAGAGUCUGGUGUGGAUGAACUUGACUGGCCUGCACAGAGUCCUGACCUGAACCCGAUAGAACACCUUUGGGAUGAAUUAGAGCGGAGACUGAGAGCCAGGCCUUCUCGACCAACAUCAGUGUGUGACCUCACCAAUGCGCUUUUGGAAGAAUGGUCAAAAAUUCCUAUAAACACACUCCUCAACCUUGUGGACAGCCUUCCCAGAAGAGUUGAAGCUGUAAUAGCUGCAAAAGGUGGACCGACAUCAUAUUGAACCCUAUGGGUUAGGAAUGGGAUGGCACUUAAGUUCAUAUGUGAGUCAAGGCAGGUGACCGAAUACUUUUGGUAAUAUAGUGUAGGUUGCCUGGUCAACCUAAAUAUGCUAGGUUUUUGUGGUAAUAUUUUUUGGGGGGAGGAGUUGGCUUUUUUGCCUCUGGCUUCUUGUUAAUCAUUUAUAUUUAUACUUUUACUUAUACUUUAUAGUCCUUUAUGUUUUCAUUUUAUUACACACACAAAACAUAGUACACACACACACAUAUAUAUAUCUUGUUAUUUAUAUAUAUAUAUAUAUAUAUAUAUAUAUAUAUAUAUAUAUAUAUAUAUAUAUAUAUCAUCUUGUUACUAUGGCACCUGUCAAGGGGUGGGAUAUAUUAGGCAGCAAGAAAACAAUCAUCUCGUUACAAUGGCACCCUUCAGUCAGUUCUCGAAGUUGAUGUGUUGGAAGCAGGAAAAAUGGGCAAGAAUAAGGAUCAGAGCGACUUCGACAAGGGCCAAAUUGUGAUGGCUAGACAACUAGAUCAGAGCAUCUCCAAAACAGCAGGUCUUGUGGGGUACCUACCAAAAGUGGUCCAAGGAAGGACAACCUGUGAACUGGCGACAGGGUCAUGGGCACCCAAGGCUCACUGAUGCGCAUGGGGAGCGAAGGCGAGCUAUAUGUAGUUAUGCCUUGCAGAAUCUGCAAACUGUUAAUAAUAACUGAAUUUAAACAAAUGAACCAGUUCAAAAGUUUACAUACGCUUGAUUCUUAAUAAUGUGUGGUGUUACCUGGAUGAUCAAUGACUGUUUAUAUUUUUUGUGAUAGUUGUUCAUGAGUCCCUUGUUUGUCCUGAGCAGUUAAACUGCCCACUGCUCUUAAGAAAAAUUGUCCAAAUACGGCACAUUCUUUGAUUUUCGAGCAUCUUCUGCAUAUUUGACCCCUUUCCAACAGCGGCUAUAUGAUGUUGAGAUCCAUCUUUUCACACUGAGGACAAUUGAGGGACUCGUACACAACUAUUACAAAAUGUGCAAACAUUCACUGAUGCUCAAGAAGGCAACACACUACAUUAAGAGCCAGGGGGAUGUAAACUUUUGAACAGGAUGGUCGGUGUAAAUUGUUUUGUGUUAUUUUUUUGUUUAAAGAUCUUUUUUUUUUCAUUUAGUACUGCCAUUCAGAAGCUGCAUAAGAUAUUUAUAUGUUUCCCAAAAGACAAAAUAAUAAUAAUUUAACAAUAGCAAUGGACUAUAUGUAAACAGCAGCUGUGUGAAAUAGCUUAUUCAGGGCAGUACUAAAUAAAAAACAAAAUGCAAUUUUUAUGAUCCCUCUUUUUUUUUAUUAUUAUUAUUGACAUUUUGCAGAUUCUGCAAGGUGUAUAUAAACUAAUGACUGCAACUGUAUAUUCAGAAUAUUUAGAACUUUAUCCAAUUAAAAAAAAAAAAAAAAAACAGACCUUAACCUGGUUUAAUAGUGUGUAAACUGCUCUUCUUCACAGAGUUGAUUAUAUAGUUCAAAGACUAGUUUCCGUUCAGCCAAAUUGGCAUUAUUGAGAAUUACAUUAUUAGAAUUAAACAGAAUACAACUUUCUUAGAAGAGCAGAGAGUAUCAAAGAUGUAGAAAUUGUGUUGUGUACAAGAUUGGUAAGCAUUACAACAAUGUGAGCAGCUGUCUAAGAUGGCCGGCUGCUAAACACUACAAACUAUAGCCUGUAAAUUGCCACAGUAUUGAAUCAGCACCACUGUAGCCCAGUAAAAACUAAAGGUGGUAAGUUACAAAGUCAUGAUUUAUACAUUUUUGCCUCUAGGAAACAUUUUAUUCCAGGCCAAUGCAAAAAGACAUGAACUGCUGUAAGGUAAACAUAAAAAGCAAGAAAACCACUACACUGAGCAAUAGAGGAAAGGUCAUAUGAUCUAGACUAAUGUGACAGUGAUCUAAAAUGAAAAGAAGGAACAGGAAACCACCCAGCAUAGCACAUUUGACGAUACUAUUCUAUAGUAUUGUUUAUAAAUUCAUGAGACAAGGCCAUCAUCACACUGACUAGUGGUUUCCUAGUAGCUGGGUGGUUUCCUGUUCCUUACUUUCAUUUAAGUUUUCAUUAUUUUAUUUUCUUUUUAUUAUUGUGAACAGGUCUUUCUAUAAUUGAAUAAUGAAAGAUACUAAGGUGUUGUAUAGAGAAGUAAAACUUGUAAAAUUAAAAAUAAAAUGGCCAAAAACAAAAUUAUCUACAAAAUUAUUUAAGGAACUUGAAUAUGGGCUUGACUGAAAAAUAUUUUCAUUUCAAAUAUUCUUGUUACAUCCAAUAUAGCCUCUUUCUCACAUUUACUGUUUUCAUGCUCAUCUAAGGUUACUGUCUAAUACUGUCAAGAUUUGGACUAAACAGCUAUGUGGCCACAAGAAAGCCAUUUGUUAGUGAGGCUAAUUGGAAAAAAUGACUUCAAUUUGCUAGGGAGCAUAAAGAUUGGACUGUGGAGCAAUGGAAAAAGGUCAUGUGGUCUGAUAAAAUCAGAUUUAGCCUAUUCCAAAGCAGUGGGCGUGUCAGGGUAAGAAGGGAAAUGCAUGAAGUGAUUGACCCGUCAUGCGUAGUGCCUACUGUACAAGCCUCUGGAGGCAGUGAUAUGAUCUGGGGUUGCAUCAGCUGGUCAGGUCGAGGCUCAGCCUCAUUGUGUGGCAAUAAAAUGAAGUCAGCUGAGCACCUGAAUGUACUGAAUGACCAGGUUAUCCCAUCAAUGGACUUUUUCUUCCCUGAUGGCACAGGCAUAUUCCAGGAUGAAAAUGCUAAGAUUCAUCAGGCUUAACUUGUGAAAGAGUCGUUCAGGGAGCAUGAGGAAUCAUUUUCACACAUGAAUUGGCCACCACAGAGUCCUGACCUUAACCCCAUUGAAAGUCUUUGGGAUGUGCUGGAGAAGACUUUACGGAGUGGUUAGACUCUCCUGUCCUCAAUGCAAGAUCUCAGCCAAAAAUUAAUGCAACUCUGGAUGGAAAUAAAUGUUGUGAAGUUGCAUAAGGUUGUUGAAACAAUGCCAGGACGAAUGCGUGCCGUAAUCAAAGCUAAAUGCAUUGCAACAAAAUAUUCGAUUGUGCGACUUUUUUUUUUUUGGCCAAGCAGUGUAUCUGCAUGUUGAUUGAUCUAAAGCAAAUACUUCUACUUCUUAUACAGAAUAACUCAUUUAAAAGUGAGAAGUGCUACUUUGUUUACUGUAGAUGCAGUGGGCAGCCAUGUUGCUUUGAUGUCACUUGUUGAACUUGGGGUUGAAGACCUUGCAGGAAUUCUAAGUUGAGGGUUUUCUAUGGUUUUCCCUGGUCAGAGGUCAGAAAUUCUGAGUUAUGAGUUUUAGUCAAAUGCAGCAUAAGCUACAUGCAGACAGGUGACAUGCCAGCUCAGCCUUGCCUGACAGCUGCCUAAGACCAAAAGUGGAAGCAAGAGGAUGCUUUAGUCCACCAACACAAAGGCUUUUAAGGCAGCAGAAAGUUUAGGUCUUUAACGUUGCUUUCUUUAAUAUUUGUCAGUACUUAGGUUUUACAGUGUGUAAUGAAAAAUAUUUACUAGGAAGCAGGAAGUUCAAUUUUAUUUGUUUAGGUUUCUUUCAACAAUGUAAUUAUGGGGUUUUAGAUUUUGGUCACAAAGUGGAUUUAGAUCUUAAUAGCUAAGUUUUCUGUCUGUGUGGAUUUUCACCUAUAAGUCUAAGUGUGUUGUCUAGUGAAGAUUUCUCCUAGGUUUGUGUGAAUGUGUCCAUAGUGCCCUGCAACAGAUUCGGAAACUGAAAACAUGGAGAAUAUCAGUAAUACACUGUCUGUGUGUCACAAGGUUGAGGCCUAGACGAUUAGGCAAGGACAAGGUCUCACACACACGAAAAAAAUUCUGGGAUUCCGGUAUUUUAGGGGAUUUUUUUUUUGCUGUGUACUUGAGCUGGUUUUACUUUUACAAUACAGUUGUAUUUUACAAUAUGCUAAGUAUACUUGCAGCCAGACUAAUUGUCAGUAUAGUUUAAGUGUGUUAAUGAUUAGUUAACUUGAAGUGUGCUAUUUUGGAACAACUAAUUUUGUGCUAAGUAUAUUUUAGUUGUAAUUAAAUUAUAGUAAAGCAUAACUUUAAGUGUAUUUAGUGUACUUUUAUGUGCUAAAUUGGAACAACUUCAAGUAUACCUAGUACACUUUAAGCAUAUGCCUGUGUAAGAUAAUUGCAUGCUUGAUUAGUGAUAUUAAAGUGUACUUUAAUAUCACUUUUUUUUGUAUUACAAGUACAUUACAAAUUAAUUAAGAGUGUCUUCAAAACACACAAGCAAUAUACCAUAAAUAUAUUAUUUUUGAGUAAAAAUAUGCUAAUUUUUUCCCCCAAUGCUGAAUGCACUUGUUGUCAGGGUCAUUACAGUAAAUAACAUACUUCAAUAACAGACAGAUACACAUAAUGAACAACUCAAACAGUGUUUAUUAAAACCUCACAUGGUUUUAGCAUUGCAAAACAGAACAAAAUGCACCAUGUUUUUAAAUAAAAAGAAUGCAGAAAGAAAACAAACAUAAAAAAUAGAAACAUUGUGGAACAGCAGCAAACUUCGUUUUUUCCUGCUGAAUUGCUCAUUGUUGCACGUGCGCCUGAUGGCCGCUCGCACAUCAGACGCACUUGUGUGUGGAAACUCCACAAGAACAGCAUCUGUUAACAAAGUUAAAGGGAUAAGGUCAGAGAGCAUGUUCAUACAACUUUUUCUUUGCACUACAUCAAACAGUAAACAUCAUGUAUUAAACCCAAACUACUUAAUAAAAGUACAUCAUGAUUAGCAGUAUGUCAUGUCAAUAUUGCUUCCAGUGUAUUAAUCAAACAGAGUAUACAAAAGAAGUACGUACACCUACGUAACAUCACAGUAUAAAUCAAAUGAUACAACACCAUUCAAGUUGAAAAGUAUAGUAUUUAUAGUACAAAUCAGGCUAAAUUGUAAUGUAGACAUAUACAUUUUCUGUAAAGCUGCUUUGAAAUGGUGUGUAUUGUGAAAAUCACUAUACAAAUUAAUCUGAAUAUUUUAUUUUAUGAAUCGUCAAAAAAAAAAGGUUAGAAAGUCUAUUGGAAACACAGAAAGAGGGAGUAUCAGGCUAUUAUUAUUUUUACAUUUACACACGUGUAUGACACAUAGAAUAAUAAUAAUAACUAAAAGUAAUAAUUCAUUACAUUUACAUUGCGCUUUUAUUGGCACCCAAAGCGCUUUACAUAUGAAAGGGAGGAAUUUCCUCAACCAACACCAAUGUGCAGCAUCCACCAGGAUGAUGCAACUGUAGCCAUAUUAUGCCAGAAUGCCCACCAAACACCAGCUUAUUGGUGGAGAGAAGAUGGAGUGAUGAAGACAAUCAGUAUAUAUGGGGAUGAUUAGGAGGCCAUAAUGAUGAACAGAGGCCAAUGGGCUAAUUUGGCCAGAAUGAGUAAGAAAACUAGUUGCCAUAGUUGUUGGCACCGACAUACAGCGCAACUGCGCUCACGGCGUCCCGAGUUCGAAUCCCGGCUCGUGGUCCUUUGCCGAUCCCGCUCCCCUCUCUCUUCACCCAAAGCUUUCCUGUCUACUCUACACUGUCCUGUCCAAUUAAAGGCAUAAAAUGCCCAUAAAUAAAUCUUAAAAAAGAAAACAUAGUUGGGGUGCAGAGAUGUUCUUCUUAGGAAAAGAACUGACAAAUUUUACUGGUAUUUAAAGUUUUCAUAUGACAGAUAUCUUUUCAGCAAAUACUUGAUAUAUAUUUAGUCCAGUACUGACAAAUAUGUGUCAUGAUACGUAUUGUGACUUUGUUGCCGAUACACAGCCCCAUUGUUUACUUAAGGCAUAAUUGAUUGUGUGUACUACUCGCCAAGACAAGCAUUUUGACAUAAAUUUGUGUGUAUUUGUCCAUUCAAGCACAAGAAGAUGUCUGAAAGAGAACUCAAUUUGGGAGUUGCAGGCUUGCUGAGACCUGGCUUUAUGUACAUGCCUCAGAUAUGUGCGCAAAGAAAACAUCUCACACAGUGCAACUACCUAAUUGAGUUCUCUCUUGCAUCUUCUUGUACUUGAGUGUUUCAAUUGGCAAGGCUUAAAAACACACAAAAGAGCAGUAACUGUAAAAUUAAUUAAUUAAGAAAAAUGUUCACUUCAGUUAUAAUAAGAUAGUAGUGUCAUUAUUCAGCACAAUUCUUGUCAAGUUUUUCUCGUCCAAUAGUGUUAGAGCAGUCAAAUCAACAAUAUUGCUAAAUGUAAUUUGUCCCUGACUAACUAAGCCAAGGGAGCACAAACCCCAUUAGGUGACAGAAAUGGAUAAAAAAAAAAAAACAUUGGAGAAAAUCAACUUGCCUUUCUCUGGGUUGAGGUUAGACCAAACUCUUCAUCUGAGUCACUGGCCUGAAACUUUAAAAAAAAAUUAAAAGAGAUGUGUGAAAAUCAAUAGAGAAAUAAUUUGUGUAUGGGGGAGUACAUAGAUAACAGAUAAGAAAAAAAAUAUGACUUACCAUUUCAGGACUCCCUAUGUUUGUAGCAUCAUCAGAACUGGUGUGAUGAUCUGGACGGAGUGGGCUUGCUAUGUUUGUGGCCUCAUCAGAACUGAUAUGAUGAUCGGAAGUGAAUGCCAGGGGUCUGGCAGCCUUCUUAGUCUUUGCUUGCUUUACCUGGACAAAAAUGUUAAUAAGGAAAAAAUAAAGAAAAACAGGAUGCUAGGUUCACAAGCUGUGGUUGGGGAGAGACUCCUGAUAUGAUUGUAAAGCACUUUGGGUGUAAAUUAGUACAUAUUAAACUGCUAUGUUACAUAAAUGCUUCAUUUAUUCUGAUCAAAUUAAGUACAGUUCUUUUUUUUCAGUCAGGUCCUGUUUAUAAAACAUUCAAACUCAAAAUCUAGCCAAAUCCUCCAUAAGACAGUAUGCAUUACAUUAUGAAGACAUUGUGGAACUUCAUCCUCAGAGCUGAUGCAUUGAUCUUGUGUGUCUCGGGCCCUGCUCUGAGAAAGGGAAUUCUUCAGUUUUUGUAACAUCUGGUCUCUGGCUGCCUCUUUGAUCUUGGUUUGCUUUGCCUGAAAAAAAUGUAGGGGGUAAUAUAUAAAAAAAUUGUUAACAUCUUCACAAUGUCACAUUCAUGCUGAUAUACUGAAAUUUGAUGCAAUUUGAAAAAUUUGAUGAAAUUUUUUUUUCUAAUUAGAAAAUAUUUUGGCAGCAGUCACAAUGAAUCUUUGUCUGGCCAAUGCUUUAUUUGAUAAUUAAAGCUUAUAAAUAAAGUGUGUCAUGCUGCCAUCUCCAGCAAAGCAGUAAUCUCUGUAAUAUCUGAGAUUACUGCUUUGCUGGAGAUGGCAGCAUGACACACUUUAUUUAUAAGCUUAAUGUGAUUAGAACAAUGUGAAUAAAAAUGCUGCAUGUCUUGUCACGGUUCAUGGGUUCACCAGCCUCUUCUGGCCAUGUUGUGCACUACUGCUGAUUAGUUCAUUAGUUUCAGCUGCCACUCAUUUACUGCUCUAUUUAAGCCUCAGUGUUUGUCCUGUCUUUGUCAGUUCGUUAUGUCGUGUCUGUAUUCUGUGCAGCUUCCACGGUCGCUCUGUUCCCGGUACCCUGCACCCCGGUGGAUUACUGUCUGCUAGCCUGGAUCAUAGGACUGUUUAUUCCCCGUUGCAGCCGAGUGCUACUAGGAAACCUGCCACCACCGCACCCACGUUUGUCCACCCACAGUACUCUGUCUGUAGCUCUCUCUCCAGCUCUUUAAUAAAUAUUUCACUCGCACUUGAA